UCCUAAAGCAUUUGAAGUUCAAAAACUUGUAUCAUACUUACCAGUCUUUCUUGACAUUUCUCUUCCCAUGUUUCAACACAUACAACAAUGGGUUUUCGUCUUCCUGGUUUCAGAAAGGCGUCCUUUUCUUCAAACCAAGCAUCUUCUAAAGUUGAGGAUGUCCCAAAGGGUUACCUUGCAGUCUAUGUUGGAGAGAAAAUGAAGCGGUUUGUUAUCCCCAUGUCAUACUUGAAACAACCUUCCUUUCAAGAUUUGUUGAAUCAAGCUGAAGAAGAAUUUGGGUAUGACCAUCCAAUGGGUGGUCUCACAAUACCAUGCAAGGAGGAUGAGUUCUUAAGUAUCACCUCUAACUUGAAUGACUUAUAAACCAUGCUAAUGGAGACAGAUAGAUUAGAUGAGGCAAAUUUGAAUAGAAGGAAUUUUCCUUUGUUUUUUGAGGAUUUUUUAUUUGGUUUCCUUGUAUAAUUCUGUUGGAAGUUUAAACUUGUUUCCUGAAUGAGAAUGCAACACAAGAUAUUGCCUAAA